AUGUCAGACCUGAUAAUAAUACAAUAUUUGAUGAGUGGAUUACGACCUGAUCUUUGGAAAGAACUUUUACGACGGCAAUCAACUCUAACAUCAUUAACCGAAUUUAUUAAAUAUGCUAAAAUCGAACAAGACAUACAUGAAACAUUUGAAAAAUCUAGUCACCUGUCACUCGAAUCACAACAAAUACAACUCAAUCAACCAACAUUUCAACCAUUAACGGCUGCAAUUCAACGAUUGAAUCAUCAGUAUUAUCCAACCAAUAAGGAUGAUCGGAAUCCACGUUCAUUUUCCAAUUGGCGCUCCGUUAUUCAACGGAACUCGGUUCAUCAAGCACGAGAUAAAACAAUAAAAGCACCUGGAAAUCAAAAUCAUCAACGUACAUUCAACAACAAGUCUUCCAACAAUCAAUCCACUCCAUACCGACAAUUGAAUCAAUGCAAAGUGUGUGGUCGAUCAAAUCAUCGAACAAUUGACUGUUUUUAUAAAAAAUCAACCGUAACUGGGUCACAGGAUGGCGGUGCUCCCAGUAAAAUUUUCAAGCCAUCAACAACAACAUCUUCUCCCGUUUACAUCAAAAUUCGUGUUAAUGAUCAACCAAUUGAAUCUAUUGUUGAUACUGGUUCCGCCAUCUCACUUAUUCGUCUCGAUUUUCUCAAGACAAUCCAACACAAUAGAUUUCUCAAUAAACAACAUCUAUGUCAGACAGCAAAUGCAACACCGUUGAAUAUCAUCGGACAAAUUGAAUUGAAUAUCAAAGUUAAACAUAUUGAAACUCGUGGCAUUGCUUAUGUAGCAACGAAUCUAAUUAUACCAAUUUUACUAGGUCAUGAUUGGAUUAACACAAAUCAUGUCCAUCUUUUUGGCGACCAGAAACAUCUAACUAUUCCUGAUCAACAUGGUCAAUUAACUCGAAUUCCAUAUACCAAACUACUCUCCAUUAAUUAUCCUGUUCAGUUGGUCAAUCAAAUCACUCUUCCUCCAUAUUCACAAACAUUGGUUGACAUCACCUCUCAAGCUACCAAUGCUAAUAAUUUAAUGUUCGAACCCUAUAAUCGUUAUAUUUCAAAAUUUAUUUUCAUACCAUACACGUUAUUAAAUGUUAAUAAUCAUCAAACAAAAGUUUUACUGAUUAAUGCUCAAAAUCGUCAACAAACACUUUCAAAAAAUACGCGCAUCGGAACUAUAUCAUAUGAUACAGCAUUUUCCAUAUGUACAACAAUUCACAAUUCAGAACCAGAACCACCAACAGAUCAUCAAUCAUCUCGAAAUACAAAAAAUUCUGGAAACGGAGCUAUCUCAUAUAAUAAAGAUAACUCGGAUCAAACAAUACGAAAUAAUUGUUGUGAUCAAUGUCAAGAGUACUUCUUAUCGGGAAAUGAUUUACAGAAACAUCUUCGUGCAGAAUGCUAUUCGGAUCAGAUUCGAAAACAGAUUUUCGAAUCGACAGCACACGUCGAGAAAUCAGAUCAUCGUCUAGCAAUUCAAGAUAUUUUGUGA